GAGGCGGCGGCGCAGCAGCAGCUCUCUUUGCAAGAGUUGGACAGGCAGCGAGAACGAGUCCGGCGUCCGCGAAGGCAGCGCGCACACAUCUGGGGGGGCCGGGUUUCUGAGAAAUGACUGAUUUCCUGCAUUUCCCGUCGCUGAUGGUAAAUUAACAGUUCUGGUGUGCAAAUAAUAAGUUGCUGCUGUGUGUUUGGUGCUCCAUGCACAUCUGAGGAAGUAAGUCUCUCUCUCACAGAGAGAGAGGCUGUAAAAUGCACGUUAUGAAUUGUGUCUCUUUGGUCAAUGACAAAGAAAAUGGAGCUAUUUCAGUUGAAGCUGGAUUAAUGAUUGGAGAUACGACAGAACCAGAAGAACAAUUGCCUCCAGCACCGCCGCCGCCACCACCUCUACCAUGUCCACCCGCAGAAGCUGGAUUUUCUUCACAGGAAGUGGUGCCACCCCCUCCACCCCCUCCACCUCUAGCACUGAGCAGACCUCCACUGCCGCAGCUGGUAAAUGGGCAUGGCCACCAGAGCAAGAAAAAGAGACUACGUAGCUUCUUCUGGAAAACUAUACCUGAAGAACAAGUCCGUGGCAAAAACAAUAUCUGGACCAUUGGUGCUAAACAGAAUUAUCAGAUUGACACAAAGACAAUGGAGGAGUUCUUUGGCCAGCAAGAAGAAACGCCACCCCGAGAUUCCAAAACCAAAACUUUAAGGAGGUCCUUUAAAGAUACUAAACAAGAGAUUAAUAUUUUGGAUGCCAAAAGAAGUAUGAAUAUUGGGAUCUUUCUUAAGCAGUUUAAAAAAUCAGUUGAAUCCAUAAUUGAAGAUCUCCACUCAGGAAGAAGUGAUCUCUAUGGUUCUGAGAUACUACGUGAACUCAUCAAGUUAUUGCCAGAAACAGAAGAGGUAAAGAAAUUAAAGGAUUUCAAUGGAGACCUAUCAAAACUGUGUCAAGCAGAUUCUUUUAUGUACCUACUAAUCCAGGUGCCAAACUAUUCACUGCGACUCGAAGCCAUGGUGUUAAAAAAAGAAUUCUCCCCAUCUUGUACUUCUCUUCAGAAAGACAUGACAAUUAUAAGAAUGGCUACAAAGGAGCUAAUGUGCUGUGAAGAGUUACAUUCCAUAUUGCACUUGGUCCUUCAGGCUGGGAAUAUUAUGAAUGCAGGAGGAUAUGCUGGCAAUGCAGUUGGCUUUAAGCUAUCCUCAUUACUCAAGUUGGCAGAUACAAAAGCAAACAAGCCUGGGAUGAAUCUGCUUCAUUUUGUUGCUUUGGAAGCCCAAAAGAAGGAUAGAGUUCUUCUAGCCUUUUCAGACAAACUACAGCACGUUCAAGAAGCAGCCAGAAUAUCUCUUGAAAGUUUAGAAGCAGAGCUCCAUUCACUCUCAGUCAAAACAAAGUCUCUUAAGGAUAAUAUUCGUCGGGACUCUGAACUGUUUCACCAGAUGGAAGGCUUCCUCCAGUUUGCUGUAAAAGAGAUAAAAGAGCUGGAGCGCUGGAAACGAGACCUGCUGAAGGAAACACACGCCCUUAUGGACUUCUUAUGCGAAGAUAAAGAAACCAUGAAACUGGAAGAGUGUUUUCAGAUAUUUAGGGAUUUUUGUCUUAGGUUCAGCAAAGCCGUUAAGGAAAACAAGGAAAGGGAGGCCCAAGAACUUCAACAGCAACAGCGAUUAAAGGAGUUGGAGCUAAAACGCCGAUCAUGGGUUGCCGGGGAUCUUGGAGCUUUUGGCAGGAGCAGCAGUGAAAAUGAUGUUGGGGUGUUGACAAAGAGAGGACUUGAAGAAUUUCUGCCCUUCUUGCAGCAGAGACCGCAAAGUCCUUCUUACAGAAAUGUCAGCACCAGGCGUUCCCGGCAUUCCCUGGGAGUCACUGCAGACAGAGAGCUGUUGAGUUUCCUGGAGAUUUCAAAGGGUGAGGAUCCAAACAAAUUCAACAGCCUUCCUCGUGAGCAUGCAGGUCAAGCAAGACCCAGCGUAGCCUGGACUGAAUCUAGAGAGCCUGGAGAUCUUGGUUUAACCAACUUGCACUUGCACCAGGCACCGGAAGAAGACGUGGAGUGCAGCUACUUCCAGUUGCCCCCAUCUCAUUCUGAUCACAUGGUAGGCCUUGAGGACGAUAGCACUGCCCAUGCUAAUCUCUACAGCGACCAAGAGAGUGCUGGCAAUGACAAGUAUAGAUUUGAUGUGCCUUGUACGAAAGCCACAGAUGCAGCCCCCUGGGACUUGUCCCUUGAAGAAGAUGAACAAGUUCCAGGGCUGCUGAAGCUUGACCCCCAUGAACCAGAUGAUGUGGAGGGCCUAUCUUCAGUUCAUUUUGAGGCUGAUGUGAGAGGUUUGGAGACUCUGGGUGACUCAAGCUUAUACACUCCUGGCAUAGUAGCUCCUCCUAUACCAGCCUUCAGAAAAUCUAAAGCUGACCAUGCAGCCAAAGUAGCAGGUCAUUCCCCUGAAACUCUGGAACCAGGCAAUGAUAGCCCCACAUCCUCAGAUGGUAGUGUUUCAGGAAUUCAGGCACAUGGACCAAUGUUCCAUACAUCUGAGACUUCUGACUGUUCUUUGAUGUUCGAUCUGCCAGAAGGAAAUGAUCCAAGGCUUGGGGGUAACAACAAAGUGAACAGCAAAGACGGUGCUAUUGCCCCUUUUAGGAAUGAUCUUCAGGCUGGUGGUGAUGCCGUUUUGGGCCUGAACUCGCUUUCUGCUGAUAAGGAUGACUCUGGCAGCAAGUCAGGUCUGCCAAAGGAAAAACCUGUGAGAAGCAAAGACGCAGCGGGGCCAAAGAGGAAUUCCCUGAAAGAUAAAUCUUCAAGUGCUGCAAAACCUGGCAGUGGUCCUCUCAACCACCCCAGACCAUCAGUCAGAACGCUGAAUUCUUCGGAGAAUGCAAGCAUGAGAAAAGUCGUGCCCAUUUCCAGAUCAACUAAAGCAGCACCCCCGAGCUGUACCAAAAAGCCAGAUCCUAAGCCAGCACCCCGAGACAUGGGUGCACCCGAAGCACGACUCUCGCGUCGCAACUCCAUCCGGGGGAACUCCAUAGAUGCAGCGCCAAAACCUCAGUACAAGCAGAGCACAUCUGUAGAGGAGCCAAAAUUCCAGAGGGGGACGGCAGCUUCAAGUAGCGGUCAUUUUGAGAGAGAGCCACUCCAGCACAAGGGCUCCUUCAAAAAGCCAAGUUCGAAACCAGUCAGGUACGUCCCCAAGUCGAAGAAUGACGAAACAAAGAUGUGCCGCUCUUUGACCAAACCCCCAUCCCCUACAGAAGCCAGCAAAAGCACAACGGCCCCUGUCCCCAAGACACCAGCUCCAGUUCCGAGCUUUGCAAGGAAUACAGUGGCCUCUUCCUCAAAAUGCGCCAAGGUGGAUUUGCCAGCCCCUUCCAAAGCUCCAGCCCUCACAAGGUCUCUGUCUCAGAGGCUUCCUAGGAUGAAGAUGACAACAGCCUCUGACGAUUCUUAUCCGAGGGAAAGUGGUGGAGGCACACUCAAGCGAGCAAACAGUGCUAGGUUUAUCAAAAGGAACACUGACAAUGGUGACCUUCUAAGUGUUAAAGCGGAGCCCGUGCUAAAGGAACAAAUGAUAAUGGAAAAAUCAACAUCCCUCAAAUGUAAAGAUGGAAAUCAGACUACAAUAGGGAAACUGCUGAAUCACUUUUGAAAAUAAAGGGUGUGUGUAGUGUUUGGCAAUACAGAAUGUGAAAACCAGCUCUUUUAAACACUGCAUUUUCCUGUUGUGUGAAAUACCCCAAACAUUAACGUUAACGUAUUAAUAAUACCAAAUGCAAACUAAAGGUACAUUGUGUGGAUCCUGCUGUAUGUCUGGACUGAAUGUAUUGACCAUUACUGUGAUGGAAUUGCUGUAAUAAAGUUCCUUUGCUUUUGGAAGAUAGUACCUCUAUAUGAAUUUUACACGCUAAAGGAAUGCAUCUGUUUAAUGUAAAGGAAAGGAAAACAGAGCUAGGGAUUAUGGCCAGUUGUAUGAACACUGCAUUUCUGAAAAUGCCGUCCUGAAUUCUUUUUGGGGAAAGUAUGGAAAGCAGAUGUGGAUCGCUUUAAUUCAUUGGGUCCAA